AUGGAUAAGAAAAGAGUUCCUUCUCUUUCGAUCAGUAGUGUUUUGGAAUAUAGUGAUGAUGGGUAUUUAAUGAAUUCGAAUAAUUUUCUAAACGUUCAUUCGAAUAAUGAUUGUGGGAAAGGAGAUGAAGAAGAUGCUUCUUCCUAUUCAUCAGCAACAAGUCAAGCAUCUUCUCUAGAUGCCGAUAAUACACCACCACUACUCCGUGUUGAAAUCAACAACAAGGAAACUAACCUAAACCAAACUCUAAAUCAAAGUUUCGAAUCGUCUAAUAGUGAAGCUGCAAAUCAAACAUGUUAUGAAGAUUCGUCAAGAGGAAAAUUUGACGGACUCCUGUUGUGUGGCUCAAUUUACAACACAUCUCGAGAACAGCAAAAGAGAUUGGAAUUUAUUCAACAACAGCAAAAAUCAAAACAACAUUCGGAUAAUUAUAUGGGAAAGUCAGCAACGUUAUUGCCGACAAUUUCAUUAAGGGAUCGAUUGAAUUAUUAUAAAACAAUUCCAUUUGGAGAGAAAAUUAAGAAAAUUUCAUGUGGAUCCAAACAUUACAUGAUUUUAACACAUGGUGGAAGAUUAUUCUGUUCUGGAUGGAAUGAUUUCGGUCAAUUGGGAAUUCCUAAAACAAUAACUCAUAGAAGGGGUCAAAAUUCCGAUUUAAAUUCGAGUAAUGAUUCGAUUGGAAGUGACUCUGAUGUUCCAGACAUUACACCUAUUCACUCACCAAGAGUUUCGUCUUCUCCUUCCACACUUUCUCAUAUACAAUCCGAAUUGGAACCACACGAAGAUUUGGAAUUGAAUUUCCUGAGAGAGGUCCAUCUCACUAACCUCUUACCACUCGUUGAGAGUAUUGGAAAACCCAUGUUACCAAUGAGGAGACCUUCGAGGACAAUUUCUAGAAAUUUGAAUUUGAAAAAUUUGUACAAUGUCAAGUUGGUUUCAUGUGGAGAUAAGCACACAAUGAUUGUGACUCAGAAUGGGGAUGUUUAUUCAACGGGAAGGAAUAAUGAUGGUCAAUUGGGAUUGGGUGAUUUUAGUGAUCGAUUUGUCUUUUCAAAAGUCAAUUUUUACCUGAAUAAGGAUCAACAUAUUGAUGAUAUUCAUUGUCAGUUCAAUAAUUCUGCAAUAAUCACUUCAAAAAGAGAAGUUUUCGUAUGUGGAUCGAAUGCAAAUGCUCAAUUGGGACUUUUUCUUCACAAGACUAAAAUUUCAGUCUUUACACAAAUUCCACUCUUCAACAUUCCAAUCAAAUCAAUUUCUUUUAAUAUAGACACAGCUGCAAUUUUAUCAAUGGAUGGUGAAAUUUUCAGUUGUGGAAUUGGUGGUGAUAUGAAUGAUGCUGCAUCAGUUGUGGAUGUAUCAACAAUGCCUGAAGAAAAGAGGUCAACCAUGUAUAGAAAGAAUUCAAUCAUUCCAUUCUUUAAGAAAGUUCCUCUUAAUGAGAAAGUGGACCAAUUGAGUAGUGGAAUUUAUUUUACAUUGGCUAUUUCAAACUCUUCCAAGAAAAUUUACAUUUUUCAUUCGAAUCCAAAUUAUUCUCCUUCAAAUUUAUUUCAGGAUUUGUGUUCUCCUCGACCAUUCUCUGCAGAUUCACAUAAUGACAGUCCUAGAUCUAGGACUGAUAUUUACUCUGUUGGUUCCUUAUCCUCAUUCAAGACUCAUGUGACAAAUCCAACUUUCAAGUUUAUUACUUUUGGAGAUGGCGAAAGUUCAAAGAAUAGUUUUAAAAACCUGACUUGUGGUUAUCACCACUCAGUGUUUGUAAAUUAUCUGGAUCAAUUCUUUGCAUGUGGAAAGAAUGAAGAUGGAAGAUUGGGAUUCAUUAAUGGAAUACAAGAUAACGAGUAUCAGAAUUAUCUGAAAAGAGUUAAAUUUCCAAAGGAGAAAGUUGGAGAGUUGGAUUUUAACUCGGUUGCAUGUGGAGAGAGUUUUACAAUUUUCUAUAAUAAUUCAAAUGUGAACAAGGUUGAUAAUCAGUCAAUGCUUUCAAAAUCGAAUGUAUUGAUAGAACCAAGAUCUACACGAAUUCAAACUAAAUCAGGAGAUUUAUACAUAUUCAAGCCAUUACUGAAUAGAUUCUGUCCAAUGACGAUUCACUUCUUGAAUUUACUCGAUAAGAUGACAGUUCAUUUCGACAUUUCACACGUUCAAUUUAUAAUUAAUGCAACCAUUAAUAAUGAUCGAUUUGAUUCUCGAUUUUUUAAUGAGUUAUCGGCAAAGGAUAUUGUCAAGAUGCUUUUUACAGUGUCAAUUUGUGUUCCUUUUGGAUAUUUAAUUAAUUUAAAAACAACCUUGCUGGAAAAUUUGUUUGAAAAGGUCAACUCGAGUAAUAGAUUUUGCAACUUUUACAAAAAGACCAUAAAGGAAUUACACAGCGAUGAAAAACCAGAAACUAAAAGCAAACUUCCAAAUCUUUUCAAAGGAACUUGUAGAGUGUAUGAAUUGACCAUGAUGAAUGAAAUUUCACACAAUGAACAAAUUUCUGACCCAGUAGAAAUUAACAAACUAUUUAACAUUGAGGAAUCGAGUGAUUUAAAGAUUCAGAUAGGAAAGACCAACUUGGUCCUCCAUAAGGAUGUGUUAUCGAGUUAUUCUGAAACUAUUAGAAAGCAACUUUCCAAUAGUGCCCACGACGAUACAAAACCAUUGGAUAUUGUAAAAUUAUGCUUCAAGAAUGAAAUGAGUCAAGGUGAAAAGACUUUAAAUUGUCAAGCAUUGGAAACAACUCUCAAACUAAUGUACGACAUUUGGACUUGUGACUUGUCAUCAGUUAUUGAAGGAACCAAUUAUUUGGAAUUUAUCUUCAAAUUAUUGGACUUGUCAAGAAUUUUACAAUAUCCAAAAUUAUUCUCAAAAUCUAUUGAACUCAUCGAAGCAAGACGAAACCACUUCAAUGAUGACGAUAUUAUUGAGCUAGUGGAACGAAGUGAAGAUUUUUUAGAAAUGUGGUGUCCAGAUAAUCACGAUGAAGAAUCCACUCAACCAUUAACUGUUUGCAUUGUAAAGAUUUUGAGUGAUAAAUUCUCUGCACUCAAGAGAAGAUUGAAACUCAAAUCAAAGUGGAAAGGAUUGGAAUCUUUGAUUUAUGAGUUUAUUGAGGAUGAAAUUUAUUAUUGUUAA